UUUCGUUGCUCGCUCAACUAGAGGUCAACCUUUACAACAUUUUCCAGUGUUUCGGAGUUAGAAGUGCAGGUAUUUUCUUAGACCGAUUUUGAACUCAAUAAUGACCUCUCAAGGAGCUGUAGCAGAGCUCUCCGGUGCGCCACCGAUGGACGUCGACGCGCGCUCAUCCACGGAGGAAAUCCGGAUCCGGAAUUUUGCAGGACUGGAGCACACGGUAAGGGUAGACCCGAGCGAAGUGUCGACGGUGGGCGAUCUCUACAACACGAACGUCCUCUCCCUGUUUCUCGAUCUGGAGACGGAGCUCGUUCCACCUUUUUCAUUGGUUCGCUGGAUCCAAAUCCGUGAUGAGGUGGAUGGGGACAAGGCAGACGGUGCCAACAGUUGUUGUGAUGACGGCGCAGAUCUUGACUACACUGGAGGUGAUUGCAGCAACGAAGCCGGGGACGAUACAACUAGGCGAGAAACCACCGCGCGCGGAAAACAAGGCGAAACAGCAGGAGAUAAGCACAGUGAUGCGACGCCGAGUGCUUUUCUUGAUGCAGGAUCGGAGAUAGAGUUCGGCAGAGAGGUUGCGUACCAAUUCGUGAUCGCGCACAGCGGACACGACCUGCGUCGCGGAGAGGAAGAGUCGCUGGAGGAGUGGGAAACUCGUGUGCGUGGGGCGGUUAACGGUUUGAAAACUGUGGACGACGCGCAAGCAUUCAUCUACGACCGCGUCUACGCGUGUGUGCCCGUAGAAAAGUACGAGGAAGUCCUGCGUGGCUGCAUACCGGUUGGUGACGAACAGGACGUAUUACAGCCCGACAUGUCGACGCUCGGCCGCUGCAAUCUGGUGCGUGCGGCGGUCGCGCUGAGUAGCGAGGAGUGGCGAAAGCACGGAAAGUUAAGUGAUGGACUGUACUUCUCGUUCGAAUUUAGACAGGACUUCUGUGUGGGCGUAGCGUUGGAAUUGACACGUCCAGGAGAAUACUUUAUCAACAAUGAUCGAGGUCAUCUGUCUGCAGACUAUCUCGAACUGUUGGAGCAGACGCUCGAAUUGGGACAACCAGCCGACGAAAACUACACACUUCUUGCGGAAGCAAUCCACGAACACCUCUGCCGCGAAGACCACGACUACAACAGAAUCAGACUGCUCGUCAAGUGCCUUGCCAGAACAGACGAGAUGGGGGAGCUGCUUGACUACUUCAAGUUAAGGUAUUCCGUACGGGGGUCCCGCCACCGCGAUAUUGUAUUCUUUUCGGCGCGAGACUUUGUCAAUACUGUGAUGACCGGUGUGCAGUCGCAACAAGCUCCAGAACAAAUUGUCGCAUCUGCACGCAGACUCCUCGGCGACGAAAUCCUCCCAAGAAUCUUGAAUUUUUGCGAUCAGGGUCUGAUGGUUUUCCAACGGUUCGCGGCAAUGCUCGACGAACUCGACAUCGACUGCGAUCUGGAGCCUAUUAUGGAGGAGUACAAAAACAAAUUUUUCGAAACCAACGGCGAAAAGCUCGAACGCGCUGGAGUGACCGCCUGCUUUCGCGAGAUCAUGGAGCGACAGUUGAAAACGCACAACAUCGACUGGCUCAAGUGGUCUGAUGUCGAAGAUUUGUGGCGCAAUUCUUGAGUCAAAAAUGAAAACGUUACUCACCUGCUGUUGGCGCUGUCCCAACGGUAUUUCCACUAUUACAUCUGAAAAAGAUGACUCGAACUUUGUUUACUGUUUCCUUCGUUUCCCAAUCGUUACCCAAAAAAAAAAUGAGCUUGUAUUUAUAGAAUAAAAAACAGCAAGUGAUGCUUCCCUGAAGCUGAACCGCUACGAGACUUCUUCGAUCUCAAGACCAUCGGAGAAAAACUAGAACGCGCUGUAGUAAUUGCCCUCUUUCGCGAGGCGAUGGAGCACGAACUGGAAAGGCACGACAUUGAUUGGUUAAAGUGGUCUGACGUCGAGGAUUUUUGGCGCAACGUUCGAUAGAGUCAGUGCGUCAGCGCGGCUGACAAGUCGUGGCACGAACAAAGCAACAUCCUGUGAGUCCAGGUCUAGCUGCGUGCAGGCGUGUUUCAUCUUGUUUGUCACUGACGUCGCACUUCGCGAAUUCAACGGCCGCACAUUUUCAGACGACUCGCCUGUCGCGCUCCCUCGCUCAACGCCUGAUCAGUCUGCUGAGUCUCUGAAAGAGCUUCACACAACAUCAAGAUCUUCAUGAUCUGGCACUAUGUAUGGCACGUGCGUGUAGAUAUCAGCUGUUGUUCGAAGUAUACGUAUCGUGGAAUUUUUUUAGUACACUGUCCCAGCUCUUUAUUCGCCUUUAAAAAGAUUGAUCCUUUUUCGCUCUAUACUAGUGUUUGGAAUUCAAC